CUCAAAAAUAUAGAAGCCGCACUAAAUCUCCUAAUGUUCCUAUAGGACUGCGUCCUUUGCUAGAGGUCAGAAUCGGGGGGCAGGCGCUCAAUGAGCAAAAGUAACGGGGUACCAGAGGCGAAUGAAUCAGGGCAGGUUACUGGCCAAGGACCGGUUAUUCCCAGGAGAUAGGGGUUACUGAGAUGCUGUAUACUAGUGCGGGGAGGCUGCCACUGUGUGAGAGAUGCUUCAGCCUUUAUAGGAGCCUGCGUGUGGCCGCUAGCACCCAGGGGUGGCCAAGGGAAUUGCAUGUGGCCCCUUAUACCCAAGGGCGGCACAAUAGAGCGCAGCUAGUCCCUAGCACCCAAAGUGGAGAGAAGGCGCCUAUGGGCUAUGGGGGGCUGCUGGGGGCGGAGCCCAGCUUUCCCUGCAGGAGGUCGGCCAGCUCCACAGCGGCCAGUGCGCUCAAUGUGUUUGACCGGCAGAUGAAGAGGAGACAGAAGGACUGGGCAGUGUCACAGCCCGGGGCCCAUCACUGUGACUAUCUGAGGGAAGAGGUGGGAGAAAGAAUUGCUGAUCGAGUGUUUGAUAUAGCAAGGACGUUUCCUUUUGCUUUAGAUCUUGGUAGUGGAAGGGGUUACAUUUCACAGCAUUUAACAAAGGAUAUCGUAGAGCGAUUUGUCCAUGCAGACCUGUCUGAGAAGGCUUUGGUAAGACAAUUGCCUUUCUCUGCUGCUAGUGCUGUUAAAGCACUUUCACGUGUGCUAAUUUCUACUCGUUCUUCGCAGAGAAACCUGGCUGCAUCGGAAAUUCCAUCUGUGAGAGUUAUUGUUGAUGAAGAAUUUGUCCCUUUUAAAGAGAACACAUUUGACCUUGUUGUGAGCAGUCUGAGCUUGCACUGGGUGAAUGAUCUGCCACGAGCUUUCCAAGAGAUACAUCGCAUCUUAAAACCAGAUGGAGUAUUCAUUGGCGCCAUGUAUGGCGGUGAAACCUUGUUUGAACUCCGCUGCUCUCUACAACUGGCAGAGAUAGAAAGAGAAGGAGGCUUUUCACCCCACAUAUCUCCCUUCACUGCUGUAACUGAUCUGGGAAACCUCAUGGGACGUGCCGGCUUUAACAUGCUGACUGUGGAUGCAGAUGAAAUUCAGAUUCAGUAUCCAGGGAUGUUUGAAGUUAUGAAAGAUUUGCAAGGUAUGGGGGAGAGUAACUGCGCAUGGAACAGAAGAUCGUUGCUUCACAGGGAUUCAAUGAUAGCAGCUGCUGCCAUAUAUCAAGACAUGUAUGGAGAGGAGGAUGGGACAGUGCCGGCAACCUUUCAGGUUUAUUAUAUGAUUGGUUGGAAGCCACAUGAGUCGCAGGCCAAGCCAGCCAAGAGGGGUUCUGCUACUGUAUCUUUUGGUGAUUUGAAAAAAGUGAAGGAGAUAGUAUCUGAAACAAGAACAGAAGAAAAAUAGUGGUGCUUGCCUUUCCUUCCAGAGUUCUACAUAAGAAAAAGGAGUCUCAGUAUGUGAAGUAUUUAUUUUCUAUGAAAAUAAAGUAAUAAAAUUAGAUAUUAUGUUUUUUUAAAAAAAAGCUUUGUUUUUAUGUGAAAAUGUUUUUCUGAUUAUGGGGGAGUUUUACUGAUCUUGUAUUAUUCUUGCAAAUGUUGCACUCAUUCAAUGUUCAUCAUCUGUGGCAAGAUUUAAUUGCGUUUCUUAGCAAUUUUCACAACCUCGAAAGCACUCAAAACUUUUGGGGGAUUUGCACAAUAUUUCGAUUGAAUGAAAAAAGUCUUGACAAACCUCAACUGCGUGGGGCACACAAAUAAUUCAGCUGAAACCCACAGUGAUGUUCCCAUUUGUUUGAAUAAAUCUCAGUGGGUU